AUGGCAUCAACACAMCCCYCCCCGCCGACGUCGUCGUCGCCGUCGCGGGAUCAAACACAGCGCAAAAAAGUGCUUCGCGUGAUAUUCAUAUCUCUACUCCUCGACCUGAUAUCAUUCACAUUCAUCCUCCCGCUCUUCCCCUCACUACUCAACUUCUACCUCCAAAAAGACCCCUCCCCUUCCUCGCUCCUGAACCGCAUAUUCCAUUAUCUCAAUGCAUACAAAAACUCAUUCUCCAAACCCAUCGAUUCGAGAUACGACAUUGUACUUCUCGGCGGCGCGCUGGGUUCUCUAUUCUCGUUUUUGCAAGCUCUCGCCGCGCCCGUUAUAGGGCGUCUAUCAGACCGACACGGCCGCCGAACCGCAUUACUCUGGUCUAUGUUUGGAAACCUGAUCAGUGUCGCAUUAUGGGUGGCUGCGACAGAUUUCAAAACCUUUCUCGCAAGUAGGAUCGUCGGAGGCUUGAGUGAAGGCAAUGUGCAGAUGGCCAAUGCGAUUGCGACGGAUAUAAGUGAUGAGUCCGAGCGAGGCGCGACGAUGGCAAUGGUGGGCGCUUGUUUUAGUAUUGCGUUCACAUUUGGCCCUGCACUGGGAGCGGCGUUGGCGAAUGUGUCGAUUAUCAAAGAAAAUCCGUACGCGACGGCGGCGGGAGUGUCGUUGGGGUUGAUUUUAGUAGAGACGGGGUAUUUGUGGGCUUGUCUGCCGGAGACACAUCCUCGAUUGACCCAGGGGGUUGGAAAGAGUGAAAAGAGCGGUGAUACCGGCGAGAGUAACGCGUCAACAGAGACGGAUGGAAAGAAGAAGGAGGAAAGAGUGUACACGAAUAAUCCAGCGCUGCUCAACCUCGUGCAUCUUUUGUUUCUUCUUCCAUUUUCAGGCAUGGAAUUCUCGCUCCCAUUUCUGACGACCACGCUACUCGCUGGAAGUGACAGCAACAGAAAUCCGUCCGCCGUCAACGGCCGCAUUUUGGGUCUGGUAGGCUUGAUCGCUUCCCUGCUUCAAGGGACAAUGGUUCGCCGUCUCCCACCCCUUAUGACUGUGCGCAUCGGCGUUAUCUCCUGCGCAAUCGCGUUUUUCUCGCUGGCAAAUAUAACCUCUUUGCAAGGGCUGCAAAUAUCGGCUUGCUUUUUKGCGAUUACCAGUGCUACGGUGGUCACUGGGUUGAAUAGCUUAGGGAGUCUAGAGGCUGGGCCGGGAGAGCGGGGGGUUGUGCUGGGACGGCUCAGAAGUUGGGGCCAAUUUGGGCGCGCGCUGGGACCGGUGCUGUUUUGUAGUUUCUUCUGGUGGGUGGGUAGGCAGGUUGCGUAUACAGUUGGGGGGGUUGUGAUGCUUGGUGUUGUGGGUAUUGUACUAUUGUUUUUGAGGGAGCCGGUUCGGUCUUAG